CUCGCGCUGUGUACAUCCAUCCCUCACUCCAGUGCACCUCUUGCCUCUUCCCCUUCCCUCCUCUGGACCACUUCUCCUCCUCCUCCUCCUCCUCCUCCUCCUCCUAUGCUAACAUCCCCUCUGCAUCCUGCACAGCUCUCGGCCACAGGAAAAUAUUCCCCAAAAAUGGAGCCCCUCGAGCUAAGGGAGGACUAACACAACAUAGCCAGAAGGGAGGGGGGUGGGUCUGCUGGCUCCCAUCACCCAGGUGAAUAAGAGCACGGUGAGAACAGCAGAACCUCGACGGUAAGACCACCCCGCCUCAUGUCUGCCCCGGCUCCAGCCACUCGGAGGUCUGCGUCUGGCUCUCGCCGAUGAAGUGGCCGGGGAGAGGGAAGUCUGGGCUUCCCUGCUUUAGUUGCUGCCCCCGCGACCUGACCUCGGAUAAGUGGAAGAAGAUGGAUGGAUGAAAGAAAUUGAAGAAACAAGGGGGUCGAGAACCUUAAAUACUCAGAGAGCCAUUUGGAUUGUCUCCCACCGAAAAAAAAAAAUAAACACCGGGGAGCCACAAGACCCUUGCCAAUGCUCUUUUUGUUUGUUUGUUUUAUUUUUUUUACCUUUAUGUAUAAGAAAUUAUAGUGUGAUCCAUUUAUUGACUCAAAGAACACAACCUUUUAUUAAACAAAUGUUUUGAACUCUUAAAAAAGAGGCUUGGUUGAAGCUUACUUUAAAAUAUAAUAAUGUCUAUUUAAGUCCUUGUAUUUAUGAAAUUUAAUUUACAAAUAUACAACAUACAAAAAUUCAAAGCAAACACAAAUUGUCCACAUUCAGCGAAUCAAAAAUGCCUUCUGCUUUCGUGUUCUGUCAUUUUGUCUCAUGUGGCGCGUGCAGUCAGAUGUCAACUUGAAUUAAAAAAUGAGUAUUUCACUUAAUGUAAAAUAUGUAUUUGUAAAAUAAUAGCCAAUUAAAAUUCUCUCUGGUUAAUGUGAUUUUUGCUCAUGAACCUUGACGCACAGGAUUGGCAAAUCAGGGCAGUAAGACGCUACCUUCAUCUUCACACGAUUCUAAAUUGUCAUCUUUAAGGCUGUGUUAGCGAUGUUUGUUUUUAAUAUAGUUCAUGUAGCACGUAGCAUUACAUUUUCAGUUUUCUUCAGAAACUUCUUUCUUUCUGUUCUUCUUUUCUUUUCACAAUGUGGUUUCUUUUGUGUGAUACGGAUUUAACUAUAGCAUCCCAGUGAGGGAAGCGGUUAUCACGUUUGCCUCGCAGUCAAGAGAUCCAGGUUAGAAUUUGUGUUUUCUCCAAGUACUCCAGCUUCUUCCCACAUCCCAAAAACGAUAGUUCUUAGGUUGCUUAAAGAUUGAAUUGUCCAUCAAUGUGUGUUAAUUGUCAUUUGCCUAUAUGUGGCAAUCAUUUGAUGGCUGACCAGUCUAGAGUGGAUCCUUUUCUCAUUCCCAAAAGUCAGCUGAGAUAAGCUCCAGCUCACCCAUGACCCUAAUGAGGAAAGGCGAUUUAGAACAUGGAUGGGUAGAUAAACUCAAUGGCAUGUAGCACGUAUUUUAGUGAAAACAAAAAUAAUUGAAAACCAUCAGAUUUGUUUAAAUCAAUUACUAUGUAGCUUUGUGGUGUUGGAUUGGCAAUUAAUGUUUACAAAAGGCUAAACAACAUUAAGAAACAGACUUCCCAUGAUGGUCUUUCCUUGACCCAAGAAUUUGAAAACUUUAUUGAAGAUGACUUUCUAUGCUUUUUGUUGACUAGUAGUUAUUAUAUUCCGAACAGUAGUUUUGUACUUUUUUGUCACUGUUGGUAUAACGGUUCACUUACAUGAUUUGUGCAGCCACGGUGUAUUCAAUUCCGAAUCAGUGACGGUAUGAGUGUGAAAGGUUUUCUGUCUUUAUACUAAAUGUGCCUUGUGAUUCACUCGCGACUAGUCCAGGGUGUAGUUUGCCUUUAACCUGAGGUCACUUGGGUUUGGCUCCAGCUAACCCAUGACCCUGAACAGGAUAAGCAUUAUAGAAAACAAAAAUGGAUGGAUGAAAAAACUUGUGUCACUCUGAAAGCUAGGAGGAAGCCGGAGAAGUACGAAGUCGACUGUUGUUUUUGUUUUUGCAUUUUUGUUUUUGAACAACGUAUAUAAAAGUAAUUUAUCUGUCAUAUCUGUCGAAGCAGAAUGGAGUCACGUUUGUCUAACUUUUGGGGGGACAGUAAAAAUGCUGCCAUUAUUGCAAGCCUGCGAUUCUGUCAACAUUGCUCUCUAAAACAAGCUGAACAUCCCUUGUGAAGGAAGUGCGAUGCAGAAUGUUGUGAGUGUCUGUAAAAUCACUUGACAGACUGUAGAUGUCCUGGCAAUAAACAAUUAGAUCAGGCCUCUUUGCUCUGACAAAGCUUUUAGAAAUUGCCUCACGUGGGUGCACUCGUUUGAGUGCAUCUAGAUGUUUAGCCUCUGGCCAUGUCCACACAAACACUCAUCUUUUUCUAAGUGUAUAGUUUACUGUACAUGUGAACACGCUGUAGAGUACUGAAAUGACUGGCAUCUCCUUUGUAUUAUUUUAUUUGUCAACGCAGCAAGACCUUCUCUGCAGGCCUAAACACCAUAGGAAGCCCUGACCUUCAUUUCCAACCUAAAUUCUAUUAUUUGUCUCAUAAAAUUUUCUUAACUUACUCCCAACAGUCUGUUCUCUUCAUUUGGUAGCGUCUCUCUUGGCUGCUCUGCUUCGAGUACGUGUACAAUUAGAUGCUUGAAAUUUGUUGUACAAAUUUCUGCCUUUGUGCGCUGCCCAGGGCCCUCAGAAUCAGUCAUGGCUGACCGAUGUAACUUAAACUACAUUGGCAAUGGGACUUUUUUUCACCAAUCAGAUGUCAAAUUCAGCUCACACCGGCACAAUAACAUCAGUAUCUUUCCAUUCUCCAAAUAGAUGGUCAAAGCAAGCCAAGUUAUAUGUGAUAGUGGUGGUAUUAAGAGGUGGAUUAUGUCAGCUACGUUCCCACUGAAGGACCAGGUACCAAGUGCAAGGCCCACCACUGAUGUCAAGUGUGGUAUUCCAUUAUACAGUCAGAUCAGAUUAUUAUACUGUUACACACAAUUCAUGGUUGUUACCUCCACCAAGGCGAGAGCUUAGUUUUGUGCAAGUGUAAUUUGUUGGAUGGUUGGUUAGCUAGCUAAUUAAUUACUAAGAUUGCAUUAACUCGAUUAAAACAUUUUCACAAUGCAUGGGCUACGGAAGAAACCACGACAUUUUGGUGCAAAUAUAGAUAAAGGUGCAUAUCAUAUUUAUUUUUACUCUAAGCUGUUACAGUCCACGUGUAUUGAGUACAAGUGGAACCACCAGAUUCAACAGACCGAGAUGCAAUUGGAAAAAAAAAAAAGUUGCUGAGCACUUUGUAAACUAAAAAGCCACCUAUAGAACUGCUUUGGCAUGCUUGUAAAUGCGUUUUCACAAGAUUUCUUUUUUCCUAUAGAUUUUAAACUGUAAACCUGUUGUGAGGUAAAUAAAACUGUUUUUUUGUAAAACACUUGUGUAUUUAUGGACAUAGCACAAAUGAAUCAUUGUGUAGUAGCAUGUUCAUCACAUUGUCCAAUCUCCUGUGUCACCUAACACCUUGUUAUCUCUGCCUGGUGUGUCAGGUUUGACUAUUGCAGGUUCAUAGAGCUAGACUACGUUCCAAUGGAGACAGGUUACAUGGUGUCAAUGCGCCCGACUAAAGGCUAUGCAUCCACUGCAAAAGGACACGCCUCCACCAAGUCUCCGGACCGACAUAGUCGUCCAACAAACUCCCCCUCUACCCCUCGUUCCCGGCGGUCACCUGCAGCCCCCAGUAUCAGAGAUCCUUACGGCAAUGCCUCCCUCAGUAGCAGCAGCAAUUCCGGCUCUUGUAAAGGCAGCGACUGCAGCCCAACCAAAGGACGUCACCAGAAGUACAUAUCAUGUACAGACAACCACGGUAUUCGGCCUCCACCACCAGAACAGUACCUUACACCUCUGCAGCAGAAAGAGGUGUGUAUCCGGCACCUGCGGGCCAGGCUAAAAGAAACCAUGAACACACUGCAAGACAGGGACACAGAGAUAGAUGAGUUGAGAGAAAAGCUUUACAGGAUGCAGGAGGACUGGGUGGAGGAGGAGUGCCACCGCGUGGAGGCUCAGCUGGCCCUGAAGGAGGCUCGACUGGAAAUCCAGCAACUCAAACAGGCCGUGGACACAGUCCGUGACAGGCUAAGCGAUGCUGGAGGAUUCAGUGGAGACAUAGGAGUCCAAAAGUACUUUCAGGACAUCAACACUCAAAACCAUAAGCUUGAGAACCUCUUGCUCAACAUGGAGUUAGCUCAGGUGGGAUUAGUCAAGGAGGGGGAAGCCAUAGCAGGCCGUCGGACCUGUGUUGGGGGUUCAGCGCCAGCGUCAGUGUCUGGGGAAAGUCCAGGGGGAAUACCAAAGCCAGCAAUAGGAGGAAGGGGUUCUUGUUCUUGUGAUGCUUCACCAGCCCGUUCUCUGACCCGUAGCUCCACCUACACCAAACUGAGUGAUCAACCGGCUAACAAAAAUGGCAGUGGCGUGGAUUUUCCUUGUCUUUCAGCUGACGGCACGCAGGACAGUGGCUUUGUGUGCUGCGGGGAGAACAGCAGUGUCCCGAGUCGGGCCGACUUGCUCCUAGAGGCCGCCUACCUCUCAGAGGAAACAGCAUCAUUGCUCAACUCCUACGCACAAACGUUUUCCCACACCACACCCAAUUCUUUACCUCACAUGUACUCCCAAACCUUACCUCAUUCUUUCCCUCACAAACUGUCACACUCAGUACCCCACACCAUGCCACACUCUGCCACCUAUGAGAAGCUGUGCUCGGGCGAACGUCUGUCAACAUUUCGUUGCGGUCCAGGUGGAGGUGGCUGCAUGAGCCACCCCUGCUUGUCACACCAUCACCUGUACCUGCACCCUCUACGUGAGACAGGCAUUCAGACCGAGAGCUGUCCCAUCCCAGCAACAUCAGGUUGCCUGUCAGACUUGGAUACGAUUGCUGAACAACGUACUUUCCGAUCCCAAGCCUGCAGCCCAACUUCAACUUGGAUGUCCGAUGAAGGAGAAGAAGAUAUAGACUCAAUCACCACGACCACUUCUGUAACCAGAUCAACAGUCAUGAGCAUAGCCACAGAGCCGAUUCCAUUCUCCAAGAUGCCACGAGUUAAUUCCAUACCACGUUCUGCCACUGUGGCCUGUUCCAUGGAGAGUCCUUUGUAUGAAGGCAAGGAUUGCACAAAGGAAGUUGCAGAGGAAGAACCUGAUGCCGUGGAUAAUCAGAGCACAAUAGCAUUAGUCCAACCAACAGAAGUACAGCUCGAGACGGAGGCAGCAAAACUGGUGGGAAAUCAGGAAGAAUCGAAGGAAGUAGCAGAAACAAAGGAGGGCCGAUGGAUUGUAGAGGACAGACCAGGUGGAAAACCACUGGAAACACCCAAAAGUAACAACAUCCAACAAACUGAUGUCCAAAUUCAGAUACAAGUUCCAGGAUGGAGCCCAUGUAGCCCAGAUUCCCCACAAGACGUAGAGCAACCUUACAUCUGCCAGCCAAAACGAUCUAUUUCCCACGAGGAGGGAGCCGGUGUCAUUGUUUUGGGGGUGGAAGACAGCAAUGAUGACGAGGAGUCCGAAACUGAAGAGCAAGCCGAUGGUGGUGCAGCAGUAGAGGAAGCGGAAUCCACUUCUGAUUCUAAGCCAGUGCAGAAAAGCUACUGGAGUCGUCACUUUUUGGUGGAUCUGCUCGCAGUGGCAAUCCCCGUGGUGCCAACAGUGGCAUGGCUGUGCCGGGGUCCGGUUCGAGACAGACAGCCCAUGUACCACUUUGGGUCACUGCUGAGGGGCUGCUGCACAGUGGCCUUGCACUCGUUGCGCAGGGGAGGGGGGCUGAGGCAUUACCCAGCGGGCGGGGGGGACCUUGGUGGAUCUCAGAUGUGAACAUACGUUCUCAUAAAGUCCCUCCGUUAGGAUGUUUGACCAUCACUAUAUGGCUUUUAAUUCGAAAGAGUCUGGUGAUAUAGUAACGAACAUCCUGCCCUGUAUACUCCAUUGAAAGGGAUCUUCAGGAAGAAGAAAUACAGGAUUGUGUGCAUAAAAGAUUAAGUGUGGAUGGGUUGUUCCAACCAUUGGUCCAAAGCUACGGACUGAAUGUGCUGAUUGAACUGAAUAAUCAAUUCUUGGAUGUUCAAUGCUGAUUGUUUAGUUUUGAAAUGCAGGGAAAACUUUCAAGAUGUGUUGCUUGGUCAACAUUGCUGACUCAUCAAUGACUGGAACGUGCACUUAGUUAGAUAUGUACACAAAAUACCCUUUAGAAUAUGUUCAAGGAUGUGUACCAAAUUGUCACAUGUAGACAAACUAAAAUCCAUUCAUUGAGUCACAUUCAAAACUUCUGUCUCACUUGUCCUUAACGUUAAUAAGAACUCCAUCUUCAUUAUCAGGAAUCAUUGGGGGUUUUCCACGUCAAAUGCUGCAAGGUUGCAAUGUACUGUAAACAAGGUCAGUCAGAGGUGUGACACUGAAAACACCACAAACCCAUUUAGAGGCUUUGCAAAUGGUAUUUAAGUCACAUUUCCACCACGCAGUCUAGUUCAGGCCACUUCAGCUCACAGUGGUACUGUUGGGAACAGUAAAUGCAGAUGUUUCUUGUGUUUCCAGUGAGGGGUGUCAUGAUGAAAGUGAUUUUCUGUGUUCUCCCCGACAUUCUCGUCUUGCCAAAGAACACUCCAGUCGAACAUUUUUCGAUAUUUUAGUCAAUAAGACUUAAGAGGUCUACAAAUGAUUUCGAAACUAUGAUCCUUCUUUCAGCCCAGCAACAGUCACUGCAGUGUGUCUAAUGUCAGUCUUUCGAUAUCCAGAGCUCCCAAAUGUCACGGAAGGGGGGUGGAGGGGGGAAUACAACGUCCAAGCUUACCGGCCAAUAUGGCGCUGCAGGAAGUGAAUUUCUAUAGGCUGGCAGCUCUGGGUAUCUUACCACUAGGGAUGGGAAUUGAUAAGAUUUUCCAUUUCUGAUUCCAUUUUCAUUUUAAAAAAUAAUAAUUUCAGGAAUAAAAUGAAACAAAAAACGCCCACUGAAUAUUAUAGCCUGGCUUCUCACGAUCAUAGAAACAUAAUAUUAAUAUAUACACCCUGAACACUAGUGAUGGGUGGUACCAGACAAUUUUGAUUCGAUACAAUACCGCUUACUUUUUGGGAAAUGUUUUUCAAUACCAAUGCCGAUACCAGUACUUUGUGUGAAUUGUUUUGUUUUUACCCAAUGAUAAUAUAAAAUUCAUUAUCUUCAUUAUUAUCUUCAUAUCAUUAUUCACCAAAUCCUGUAUGUAGUAUGUUAUCCUAAGAAUUGUCAAAGUCACACAUGCACUUUUUUCAUUUAUUAAUUAGAAGCAAUACUUUAUGAGCGUCGUACCCAACUGAUACUUGUGAGAGUAUCGAUACCACGGAAUCAAUAUUGCCGUCACUUCUGAACACACCCUGCGUAUCUUGCAGCAAGCAUGUGAUGUAUGUUCUUCUGCCCUUCCUGAGCGUGCUUUAAGCUGUUUAAGGACACCCCAGUUGGAGUUUACAGAAAAACUAAACGCAAAACCAAAACAAUUACACACAUUGUAGAUUUAAAUACAAGACACACAUCGUUUUUAGAGAUCACCAGCUUAAUGCUAACACUCAGUGGAAAAUCCUGUUGGCCUAUUGAAAACCCUACAGACAUAACAAUACACUCAGGCAUACAGCAUAUUCUUUCUAAUCUGUGACAAACGAGUUUAUUAAACCUUUUUUGUGACUACUCUUCUUUUAUCUUACAGUAAACGUGUAGCUCCAGCAUUACUAGGAAUCUCACGUGUACGUUUUGACUACGUUAAAAUGCAUCUUUAAAGUGUUAUUUUGUACAGAGUUUAAUUGUUAAAGUUGUGUUGUUUUUAGCCAUUUAGAGUUAAAUGAAUGUUGUUUUUAGUCGUGUAUUUACUGCUGCCUUUGGUGGCAAUCUGGCACCCUUACUUGAAAUGGUUAGAGUGAUGUAGCCCAUUAAUACCACUUUCAGGCCUAGAACUCCACAAAUCUCAGCUGGUCCACACAUUGCUUACGCUGUGUGGUGUGCACAAUAACGCCAUUGAGCCAAAUAGGAUUGAUAAGAAAAUCACUUGAAAAUUCAGCAAAUGGUUCCGUGGAAUUGUUAACUUUAGAAUCGGUUCUCACCUAUUCUCGGUUUUCCAUUCCCAUCCCUACUUAGGUUUUCGAUUCCCAUCUCUAUUUACCACUGUGGUCAGUACGCCAGAAGGGUGCCAAAAACUACAUGGCAUGUUAGGGUACCAUAUAGUACAGAAUGCUUUUUUUGGGGGGGGGGUACUCUUUACAAUAAAAAUGUUGACAAUAAAAACUAAUAAUAAUAAUGAUAAAAAUCCCAUACUACCUUGAACUGCCCUUAACUCUACUGCUUGGUGGAAAUGGAUCCUCCAGUGUCCCAUCCAGAUGGCUUUUGGACAUUUCCGUACAUUUUCUGCACCUCCGCUUGUCCGAGUGCUGUUAAGUAAGAUCAGUCAGAUUAUUAUUUGGACCUUGUUCUUGACAGUCCCAUCAAAAGAAACAACACCAACAUGCUAGAUGAUAGGUCGACCACAAAGCUCUGCUUUAAAAUUCUAAAUACCGUAUUUCCUCCACUAGUGGCUAGAAGGGUUUAUUCACUCUGCUGCAGUUAGUACCAGGCAUUUAUUUUAAGCAAGGCAUUCAUUUGAGAGGAGGCCUUUAUUUGUCUGUCGAUUGGUUGACAGAGGAUUGUAAUUUCCAUUUUACAAUGGGAAUAGAAUGUGAACUGGCUCACAUUACCCUGUUGUUAUUUUUGCAUUUCUUUUUAUUCUUGGUUUGUAUCAACAAUGCAGUACAGUUGGGAGGCAGAACUAAAGGUUCUCUGCUUGCCUUUCUACGUGCUAUUUAUGAUACUGGAGAUGCAGCUACCUACCAAUAGAACCUAAAAACGACGACCUGCCAGUGGAUUGAGGCUUGGUGUCAAUCAGAAUGUGAAGGGUAUUUUUCGAGGGUAUAUGAUCAAUAAAUGGUAACUUCAACUUCAUGGUAAGGACCAGUAUCUAUUGCAGAAUACAGGGGACCUCAGAUUAUGACAGUUCUGACAUACGGUGUUCAUAUAUAUAUAUAUAUACAAACCCCAAUUCUAAUGAAGUUGCAACGUUGUGUAAAAUGGAAAUAAAAACAGAAUACAAUGAUUUGCAAAUCCUUUUCAACCUAUAUUCAAUUGAAUACACUAGAAAAAUAAAUAAUAUUUAAUGUUCAAACUGAUAUAAAUAUAAAAUAUAAAUAUAUAUAUAUAUUCCAAAAAAGCUGGGAAAGGGGCAUGCUUACCACAAUGUGAUAACGCUCAAGCAUUUGAGAACUGAUGACAACAAUUUUUGAAGCUUUGAGCAAGUCUCUGUUGUCAUAUUUUGCACUUCAUAAUGCGCCACACAUUUUCAAUGGGAGACAGGUCUAAAAUGCUGGCAGGCCAGUCUAGUACUUGCACUCUUUUAUUACAAAGCCACACUGUUGUAACACGUGCAGUCGGUAGCAUGGCAUUGUCUUGCUGAAAUAAGCAGGAACGUCCCUAAAAAAAGACGUUGCUCAGAUGGCAGCAUACGUUGGUUGCUCCAAAACCUGUAUGUACUGUACCUUCAGCCCUAACACACCUCCAUACCAUCACAGAUGUUGGCUUUUGAACUUUGUGCUGAUAACAGUCCGGAUGGUCUUUUUCCUCUUUGGCCCGGAAGACAAUCAUUUUCAAAAACAAAUUGAAAUGUGGACUCGUCAGACCACACCAUAAUUUGGCACUUUUGACAUGACCCUGAAUGGAAUGAAUUUAUAUUAGCUUGACUCUGAACUGCACAAUGCGCAUCAACACCGAACAUGGAAAUGGAAGUGCUGUGUGCGUGCAUAGCUAGAGUCCGAGCCGCACUUUGUCGGAUGUGACGUCUGGCAACCCUGAGCACUGGAAUGCUGCCCCCCAACAUGCUCUUAUCUCUCCCGCGACUGCACAUGUAAAUGGGCUUCUUCGGAAAGUAACAUUUUGUAACCCUCAUGCCACCUUUUCUUAACCAUGGUAGAAAACAUAAUCGGGUCAAGAAGAGAUGAAAAGGUGUUUCCUCUUGAACAUCGGAAAGGAAAGCACUUUUGUCAAAUGAAUUUAACUCCACUUUUCUUUACCGACGUCAUCGUGCAACGGCGAGUGUUGCUGACGUAAGUCUCUAAUAUAAAAAGACACAUUUAGAGUUUCGCCAUCCUCCUUUUCAUUUGAUUCUGUUUAUUUCCUAGAAGCGGUUUUCAUUCAUAUAUCUACUGUAAAUAUAGGAACAGAACUCCAUCGUAAACUGAGACUCCCCUGUACGUGUGUUCCUUUGCUGCAGCUGGUGGUUACCUUUAGCCAGUUUCUGCCCCCUCAAACGUCAGGUGUCCAGUCUUCUCUAUACCAAGAUGAAAUAAUAAUGCGGUUGUGUUUUUGGGUAGAAGUUCCGUGUCACUUACUUAAGCCUUCCAACCAAAAUGCUUUCAUCCAUCCAUGAACUACUCUCUAUAGCGCUUGUGCUCAUUGAGGUCACGGGUAAGCUGGAGUCAAUUCAAGCUGAUUUUAGCAAGAGGCAAGGCACACCGUGAACUGUUCGCCAGUCAAUUGCAGUGCCCAAAUGCUUUCAUUCCAAAGCCAACUUACACUUUCACUCUAGGCUACGACCCUUUCACUCUCCAACAAUGUAACUGUAGAUACUAAUAGCAAGCUAGAACAUCACUCACUGGUCCAAUUGAUCUCCUUACUGUUGUACAGUUCUAAAACUCCUGUUGUGUUGUUCCACUGUCACUGUGGACCAUGUAUACCUUCCAGUCAGUCACUUAGAAAAAAGGCUUGAGAACAAGCUCCUUCUGCUAUGCAUUUUACUAGACGCAGAAAAAAGUAAACAGCCCACUUACAUACGCGUGGACCCUCGGAGGUGGAACACAAUCCAUUUGUUCGGAUUUGAAAAUGUCAGACAAUGUCAGUGCAAAAAGAGGUUAUAUCAGUAACUCGUGUGAAUGGUAAAACUUCAGAGUAAACAUUCAAAACAAUCAAAUGUGGAUGUAGCAACCCUUACCUCAGUUUAUUUAUUACCUCUAUUGCUAUCAUUAUCAUUUCCCUUUUUGGCUUACCAUUCCUAACGUCCUACAGGAGCUUUAUACAGUAAGUAUUAGGAGGCUAGAUCGCCCAAUCGCAUCAGUCUUGGCAUUUUAAGGUUGAAUUACGAGUGGUUUACCCACCAAACUGUUUGCAUUCCGAGGGUCUGAUGUUGCAAAACUCCUAAUUAGGAGGUUUGGAUUGUGAUUUGGUUUUCUUCAUGUGAAUGUGUUUAUUUGGUGACCGUGUAAAUACCUAAAAAUCAAAAAGGCGGGGGAGGGUUAAAUGCCAAAUGUUAAACAGCUCAUUACAAGCGAAACAUUCUUGACACCUAGUGAAAUGUAACUUGGAGACGGAAUAAGCAACAUGAGUUUCUUUCCAUUUUGAUUUGCACUAUUGUUCACUUUAUGAAUUGUCAGCAAUUACUUGAAUUUCUGCAGCUGUAUGGUGUGUAUGCGCAUCGGAACUGGUUGUUCUGUGCAGUUAAGUGUAGAACUUCCUCUAAAAUAAUACGUCUAUGCUUGUCUGAUCA